UCACUCCAAACGCGCUGCAUCUCUCCUUUCCAAGAAAACUCCUCCAGAUUUCAGGAAGCCUUCGGAUUGCUGUGUUUGGAUGUACCGACAAAUAUUACAAACCAUUGAAAAGAAGGAUAGCGGGAGUUUAGGUUGUUUUAUCAGGCCGUUACGCGUCGACUCGAGAGAUUUAUCCGAUAGUUUUGGACGCGACGCCCAGGACGCGCGUAAUGGAUCGAUAGUACGAACUUUUGGGAGUGUUAACAAGCUCCUCUAGCGACUGGGAAACUGCUGUUUUUCUGGAUUAAAGAGAGUUUAUCAAGUAAACAGAGUUUCAGAUCGACGCGCGCUGUGAUGGAUGGAGCGGUUCCCUUUAUAUUGAUGGUGCUGCUGCUUUUCUCUGGAGAUGUUUGGAGCGCCUCGUAUCCUCAGCGGUAUAACCUGUACGCGGGGGCGCAGACGCAGACGCAUACGCAGUCUUUAAACGGGGCGAGAGCGGCGAGCAGACACAGAAACUGGUGUGCGUAUGUGGUGACCAAGACAGUGAGCUGUGUGGUGGAGGAUGGGGUGGAAACUUACGUGAAGCCUGAUUAUCAGCCAUGUUCCUGGGGUGUUCAGUGUGCUCGUGUUGUUGUAUAUCGGACAUACAUGAGGCCCAGAUACAAGGUGGCUUACAAAAUGGUAACGGAAAUGGAGUGGAAAUGUUGCCAUGGAUACAGUGGAGAAGACUGCAAUGAUGGACCAAACGGGGGGUCUAACACUCAGAUCUCAACAGUCAGACCUUGGCUUAAACCCUCACAACCAGGACAAACUGGAGCAGGUUCUGGUCAGGGACAAAGUGGGGGAAAUGGGAGAGGUGACAACGAAAAGAUGAAACAACUGGAGGACAAAAUCCAGCGGUUGACCAAAGACUUAACUGACCUUCAGUCAUCACUGCGUGGGAUGAAUGAAAAAUUCCAAGAGGAGAUGCGUAAACCCGGUUUGAACGGUGGCAAGACGCCAGCUGAUGCAGCCCAGCCAGAAAUGAAAGAGACCAUCCAUAACAUUCAGACCAAGUUGGACCAGCUCGACAACCGGACACAAGCUCAUGACAAGACUCUAGUCAGCAUCAACAACCAUCUAGUGAACGGGAAAGAAGGCAAUGACCUGGACGAAGAAGGAGUUGGAGGAAGCAGGUUCAAUACGUUAAAGGAGGAGAUCCUCAGAGAACUUGAAAGUCGAGUGACGCUCUCCUGUUCCACCUGUCAAACUGGGGUUGAAGACCUUAGACGUCAACAGCAACAAGAUCGAGAGAGGAUCUCCGCUCUAGAAAAGCAGAUUAAUGCAAUGGACCAACGCUACCGCCAGACGAUUGAUGGCUUACGUAGAGACCUCAGUCGAUCUCAGGGCUGCUGCGACACGGUGGUGGACUUCAGAGGAAGACUAAAUGACAUGGACAGGAAGAUAAGCUCCACAUCAGAGGCCUAUGACAAGCUGCAGGAGCGUCUGAACAGUGAACUGGUAGGAACUGGGGGUGGUGGACACUUUGGAGGAGGCGGUGGACAAACAGAAAUCCCCAGUGUGACGGAGUACAUCUUCAAUGAUUAUCUACAGGUCUUGGAGAGGCGUCUGAACAACACAAUAACGAGGACUGAGGAGAAUUGCGCUUCUCUGGAAACUAAGAUACGGGACUCAUUCCAGCAGGAGCUCAGAAAUCUUCGCAAUGAAUUCAAUAAUCGUAUUCAUGACCAAGACUACAGGAUUGUUGAGAUAGACCUUGAUGUAGGACUGGUGAAGGAAACCGUAUUUGAUCUUGAUAAGCGCUUGUCUCGGCUGGAGAACACAACAUCCUUUGUAGACAGAAAGUUAAGCGAAUGCUCGGCGUGCUCUGCGUCAGUUCCUGGGUCGAGUUCAGGGGUUGGCAGUCCGAAUCCAGGUGACACGGUGAAGUCUUUGGAAUGGAGAGUCAUUGCAAAUGAAGCUGAGAUCAAGAGGUUUGACACAAGGUUUAAGGAUCUCUCCGUGUCUGGUGACUCUCUUGAGGAUCAGGUGAUCAAUCUCAGCCACGACGUUCGCAAGAUCAAAGUGCUAACUGGAGACAAUGGGGAGCACUUCAAUAGAAUCAUCAAUGAGAUCGAGAACUGUGAGGUUUGUAGCACGGUGGAAGAUGACCUGAAGAAACUCAAGAACAUCACAAACCAUGCCAUGGAUAGAUGGCAAAGGGAACUCAACUUCAUUAAAGGUCAAUUUGACUCUGGUCAGACCGGCUGUGGAGACGUUUGUUCAGGUUUGCAAGGCAAGAUGGAUCAGUUGAAAGGGGAAGUAAAGGAAUGCUGCAGUCACUGCAAGAUCACGUUGACCACUCCUACAGGAACUGAAUCAGGAACAGGUCAUCUGGAUGAUCCACAAAAACCACUGGAUGGGAAAAGCGUCAUCAGCACUAACAGUGGUGACCUCAGUUCCAUCCGUGGAGAAUUGUCUGAGGUCAUCUUGACCUUCAGUUCCAUAAAUGACAGGCUGAAAGGUUUAGAGCAUGUGGUACAGAAACACAACAGCGUAGUUACCGACUUGGGAAACACCAAAGACAAAAUAAUUUCUGAAAUCGACAAGAUCCAGCAGGAAAUGACAGAGCACAUUGAAGAUAGCAGGGUACGCUUCGACAAUGUGGAUCGGGACGUACGACGCUACGUGGUCGAGAUGGGCGACUGCAAAAGGGCCGGCGAUGGUCUGGAUAAGAGGCUCUCUAAACUUGAAGUGGUUUGUGGCCGGCUUGACUUUGUCUCAGACAAUCUGCAGAAGAUCAAAGACGGCUUGAACAAACACGUGUCCAGCCUGUGGAGCUGUGUCAGUGAUCUAAACAACACAGUGACCUCACACAGCGGGUUCAUCGAAAUCUUCCAGAACUCACAUCUGGAUGAUAUUCACGGCAGUAUCAAGGGACUGAAUUCCUCAAUGGUCCACAUCCUCAAGGAGUUCCAGAGCUUGACUAAGAAAGAUUUGACAGGUUUACCUGGACCACCAGGUCCCCCUGGUCCACAGGGGCCUCAAGGUAGAGAUGGAUCGCCAGGUAAAGAUGGACCUCCAGGUAUUCUAGGCUUACCUGGGCCAAAAGGACCUCCUGGUCUCAGGGGAGAGCAAGGUCUGGCUGGAGCAGAUGCAAAUAUACCCCGUGUGUCCUUCUCAGCUGCUCUCACAAAUCCUAUGGUUGCAUCUGGAACUAUCAUGUUUGAUAAGAUAUUCGUGAAUGAAGGAAACUUUUACAAUCCAAGAACAGGUAUGUUUACAGCGCCGCUGGAUGGACGUUACUUCUUUAGCGCCAUCCUGACGGGCCACAAAAAUGAGAAGAUUGAAGCCGUGCUUUCCAAGUCUAACUACGGCAUGGCUCGCGUAGACUCGGCGGGUUACCAGCCAGAGGGGUUGGAAAACAAACCCAUGGCCGAGGCCAAACCUACGCCGGGCUCUCUGGCUGUCUUCAAUGUCAUCCUACCCCUUCAGUUGGGAGACACGGUCUGCAUAGACCUGGUCAUGGGCAAACUGGCUCAUUCGGUGGAGCCUCUAACUAUCUUCAGUGGCGCUCUUCUAUAUGAAAUUUAGGAGCCUAUUUAAGGGGCUCUUUGGGGGGGCCGUCUCGACCGAGCACUGAGGCUUAUCAGACUCAGAGGACCAGCAAACGACGGGGCUUGGACAGGACACUAAAUGACACUUAAGCAGCCUGGGAUAGCGAUGCAAACCUACUCUUUCAAACCUAUGGAUGUUGUUAGACCUCCGAUGAACUCUCCGAAUAGAGGACAUGAUUGGAAACGGAGGAACUAUUGCCCUUGAUAUCUAAUCCUAACCCACAUUUUGGUGAAGUUGUAACAAAUACUACUGCGGGUUUGUGCGACCGAUGUUGAUGUUUUUGUUGAGAUAACUCAUGUCUGUGAUUCAUAUGGCAUGAAAGUAUGAAUCGUCUCUCAUGCACCGAUGAUGACCGUGAGGUCUGUUUGACUUCCCACUGCACUAUAAAGUAUUCUUCUGCCACAGAACUCGACUCAGAGUCACGGUUAUAGGUUAUGCAAGGAAUUUUGGGGGGCACGGGAAUAGAGAUUUGAUAAAAGUAUUUCUUAUUUUUUGCUGUGAAUGUUUCAUUCCUGUGCACCUUUACUUUUUACGGUUUAAGACUUAUAUCACGGUUACUUUAAAGUUAAGGGAUUAUCUUUAAAUGUAGAGUAUGUGCCUUAAUUUUACGUUCUUCUAUUUUCUAUAUUACAAGUGCCAUGCUUUGCUAAAAAUUGCAUCUACAGUCAGUGAUGCUUGUCAAAAAUGCGUUUUUAGUAACGAAAGCAUUAAAUACGUUAUUCAACGUGACAAUCAAUGAUGUAUAUUAUUGCUCUCCAUCCAAUGUGCCUUUGGAUAAAUAGCUGUACUAUGAAACUGAAGAGUCCCGGCACGCUAAUCUUACAUUUUCCAAUGAGCUUCAAUUUAUAAUUUUGCCAUUUUUACGUUGAAAUGCUUAUGAAAACAUCAGCUCUAUCAGAAUGGAGUUUGCGAUUUCCAGUACGUUAUGUAUUCAUACUUCCAGCGCUCAGUAGAGACAAUUAUCAUACAGAGUUUGGCCUUAAUGCGGUUCAACUGGUUCAAGUGCCCUUGAAAAACAACAAGUUUGAGGAUUCUGAGGGUGUCCUUCAUCAACCGAUUCUGUCUGUGUGGUCUCGCUUGAAUGUUUACUGUUCGACGACCCAAAGAAUUUUAAACUAUGCGGCUUCGCUAGAAAACAAAGAUGGAUUUUGUAUGUGUGAAACAGAUACUCGUGCAAUUUCCACAGCAGGUUUUUUCAUGCAACUCUAUGAAUUCUAAAACUUAUGAUCCUUUAUACGGUGAAGAAUGUUGAAAAUUAAGGCUGCUAUCUUAAAUGUGCUUUAAUGUUUCAUUAUUUGUUUUCAGUUAUGAGAUUUCCCUAUACAUAAAAUGCCAGCAACAAACAAAUUGACAUGUUAAAGGCAUCAGAAUCAGCUCCGAGAUGUUUAGGUUCCCCCUUUAACUUGUUACCUGGAAUGUGUACGUUGGCAACACGUGUGUUCAAAUAAAGAUAUUUAAUUUUACACAAUGUCAUCUCUCCUGAGCUUGGUUUCAGUAGCAGCCAUAAUGGAUUAUAAAGUCAGUCAUUUUGGCAUGUGUGUGCAUAACGCUAUGAAGACUACUGUUCAUUGUUUCACACAAUGGAGAGUUUUGGGACUCAAGAACCGCGAGUCUCUUGAAUAGAAUUCCAUUCAGUGAUUGAUGAUUCAUGAUCUUUAGGUUUCGUCACUGUUUUGCCAUGGAAAACUCCGUACCAGCUGCUGGAUCAUCUGUCUAAACAACGCAUGAAUAAAACAUGUU